AUGAAGUUCCAAUCUUUGGUCGCUUUCAUCGUGCUCGCGGCUGGUCUCGGUGCUCACGCUGCACCCGCUUCUUUCGAUGGCACCUCUGGUGACAGCCUUGUCGCUCGAAACUGGGCACUUCGUUCGAGCGUCUCUCUAUUUGGCCGCGACAGCGGGUAUGAUGAAAAGACAGGGGAGGGAAACGGCGUCGAGCAGAAGAAGGGCGUAGACGAGAAGAAGGGCAGCGAAGAGAAGAAAGGAGCAGAAGAAAAGGGAGGCAAGGAGAAGGAGGGUGGUGGUGAGAAGAAGGGUGGCGAAGAAGAGAAAGGCGGCGAGGAGAAAAAGGGUGUGGACAAGAAGAAGGCUGGGGAGACGAAGAAGAGCGGAGAAGAGAAGAAAGGGGUUGUAGAAGAGGAGGGUGAGAAGAAGCAGGGACACGAAGGCGAAGAGAAGAAAGGUGGCGAAGAGAAGGGCGGUGAGGAGAAGAAAGGAGGUGAGGAGGAGAAAGGAGGUGAGGAGAAGGAGGGAAGCAAAGAGAAGAAGGGAGGCGUGGAGAAGAAGGGCGGAAAAGAGAAGGGUGGUGAGGAGAAGGAGGGAGGCGAGGAAAAGAAGGGUGGAGAAGACAAGAAGGGCGGCGAAGAGAAGGAAGGCGAAGAGAAGGGAGGCGAGGAGAAGGAAGGAGAGGAGAAGGAGGGCGGCGAAGAAGAGGCGAAGGGAGGUGAAGAGAAAAAGAGUGCCGAAGAGAAGAAGGGUGGCGAAGAGAAUGGAGGCCAGGAGAAGAAGGGUGGGUUCAGGAAGAAGGGCGGUCACGGCGGCAAGGAGGGUGGGUUUGGCAAGAAUUGGAGUCACCAUGGUUACAAGAAGCACGGCUACGGAGGCGAAGACCAAAAGGGAGAGCACGGUUACCACGGCCAUGGAAGCGACAAGAAGAAGGGUGGUCGGGGUCACCGUGGCCACUAG